AUGGAGGCGAGGAGGAGAAGGGCAGAGGCGCUGAGGGCAGAGCGUGAGAGGCUCCAGGCAGAGGCAGCAGCAGCAGCAGAGGUAGCAGCAAUAGCAGCAGCAGCGGAAGCAGCAGCAGAAGCAGGAGCAGGAGCAGAGGCAGCAGCAGCAGCAGCAGAAGCAGAAGCAGAAGCAGAGGCAACAGCAGCAGCAGCAGCAGCAGAAGCAGCAGCAGCAGCAGAGGCAGAAGUGGAGGCAGCAGCAGCAGAGGCAGUAGCAGUCCCACCACCAGCAGUCCCACUACCAGCAGCAGCAGUGGACGAAGCUGCUGAGAUGGCGCUACCUGCUAAAGCAAGUGCAGGAAACGCAACGCUUGUUAAGGCAACAUCAGCGCCAGCAAUUGAGAAGGCCUGA